CCGUCGCCGACAGUCCACGAGAACAGAGCGUACCGAUAGUACGACGAUCGCGCUCGCGGGAAGAACAACAUUUCGCGUACUCUAAAUCGAAGCGUGAUCAGCAUCCCGAUUAAAAAAUUAGCACGCGCUCAACGUGAUUCGAUUGCAUUGCCGCGCACGCAGUUUCUUCUAUCGACGACCACAAUCGUGAAUAGAACUAAUUUAUCGGGAUAGACAGACGACAUGGCUCAUCCAAAAAAAUGGAGAAGUUGCAUGUCAGAAAACAUGCUGACAAUGCUUACAGUAGCCGCUGUAGUGGCGGGUACAGUUCUCGGUUUCAUCUUAAGAAAUGUCAGAGACGAACCAUGGACAAAGCGCGAAGUUAUGUAUAUUCAAUUUCCGGGAGACAUAUUUCUUCGAAUGCUCAAAGCGCUUAUAUUACCACUAAUCAUUGCCAGCAUCGUUAGCGCAAUCGGCGGAUUAGAUCUUAAUUUAUCUGGAAAGAUUGGUAUAAGAUCAAUUUACUAUUAUGCAUCAACGACAAUAUCUGCUGUAAUUCUUGGUAUAAUUUUGGUCUUAAUUAUUAGACCUGGAGAAUACAGUACACAUGGUAUGAUCGCAAAGGAUAAUGUAGCGCCAACUAGAGAUAUUACAACUACAGACACAAUAUUAGAUUUAAUCAGGAAUGUGUUUCCGCCGAAUCUUGUACAGGCUUGUAUUUCUCAGUACCGCACAGUACUAAUAGAGCCCAAAAAUAAAACAGGGGUAAACAACAUACAAGAUUGGGACAUAAGUCAUAAAUAUGGAGAUGGUAUGAAUACUUUGGGCUUGGUUGUAUUUGGAAUUGUGUUAGGAAUAGCUCUUAGUAAAAUGGGUGAACAAGGAAAAAUUCUCUUAUCUUUUUUUGACGCUUUAUCCGAAGCAACAAUGCUUAUUACUAGAUGGGUUAUAUGGACAUCUCCAAUUGGUGUGCUCUUUCUUGUUACUUCAAAGCUUUUAGAAAUUGAGGAUAUUGGUGCUAUUGCUGGACAAUUAAGUUUAUAUUUCAUUACAGUAUUAUUAGGUUUGAUUAUUCAUGGCUGUGUAACACUUUCUGUUAUAUUCUUCAUUUGCACAAAGCAGUUGCCAUUUAAACUCAUAGGCAAGAUGACUCAAGUUUUGGCUACAGCAUUUGGUACCUCAUCAAGCACUGCCACAUUGCCAGUAACAAUACAGUGUUUGGAUAAUAUAGGUGUAGACCAGAGAAUUACAAGAUUUGUUGUUCCAAUUGGUGCUACUAUUAAUAUGGAUGGGACUGCAUUAUACGAAGCUGUUGCUGCAAUUUUUAUAGCUCAAGUCAGGAGAAUUCCAUUGACUCUCGGCAAUGUUAUUGGUGUUAGUAUAACAGCAACUGCAGCCAGCAUUGGAGCUGCUGGCAUCCCACAAGCUGGUCUUGUUACAAUGGUUAUGGUGUUAGAUACUGUAGGAUUGCCUGCUGAAGAUGUAACACUUAUUAUUGCAGUAGAUUGGCUCCUGGAUCGUUUCCGAACCACGAUAAACGUCAUAUGCGAUGCACUCGGAGCUUAUGUUAUUGAACAUUUAAGUAAAAAAGAUCUUGAAGCAAGUGCAAACCUUCAGGAGGAAACAAUCGAAUUAGCCAGAGUGAGGAAAGCAGAUGCAUAAUUUUUUAGUUUUCUUGUUACAAAUUCGCCAUGAUAUUAUAUGAACACAAUUUUACUGUGUUCAUAAUAUUUUUUAUAUACUUUAUAGUCAAUAAUUUGUACUAAUGUAUAUUCAUGUUGACUCUAAUUUUAAUUUAUAUGAUAAUCUACACAUAAUUAUGUAAUUACUAAGUAUUUUAAUCACAAAAAUACUGUUAGAUACUUAAAAAGAUUAUUACUGUUGCAUACUUAACAAAAAAAAGUGAUCAAGUAUUAAUGUACUUUGAAAGGUCAAACCUUGAUUUAUUUAUAUUCAUAAAUGUAUUAAAAAUACAUAGUUUUUCUUAUUUAAAAAAAA